AUGCUGCCACUCGCACUCGCAACAGUGCUCGCCAUCACCGACGGACCGCUCUCCGCCGGAAACCACACGCUCCCGCGCUCGCUCCACAACCAGCUGCUCAGGAUAGCACGUGCGCCGGCUGAGUCGAAGCUCCCGCUCAGCAAUGCGCACUGGGCCACCGCCGCUCGAAGCUACGAUGGGCUGGCGUGGGAGUCGGCCUUGGACCCGCUCAUUGCAGGCGUGCAUGUCCACAGCUGCUCAGCCAAGGCAUGCGUCGUGCAGGUGCCUGCAAUCAAUGGGACGUCCUUCCACCUCGUCGAACACAACCUUACGGCGGUGCGGCGCCCGUCGCACCUCGAGCCGAAAUACGAAGCAGCGAAGCUGCUCGCUCAGGCGACGUACGGGCCGACCCUGCUUGACGUCGCUCGGCUGAGUGCGAAGCUCGUGGGCCCUGGCGGCUCCUCAGCCGUCUCGGAGUGGAUCGACGAGCAGAUCGCGGCGCCGGCCACGCUCCACCGCGCCUACUUCCGCGCGCGUGCGACGCCGCGUGGCGAUAUGCACACCACACUCGGCGGCUUCUCGCCCGCGUGUCGUGCCGGCUCGAUGUGGCACCGCUUCGCGCUCUCGCAGCGAGACGUGGGAGCGCCAAUCACCGUCACUGCCAGGCGGGGCGGCGCACUCCUCAUUGCCGUUGGCGGCGAGCCGCGCACGCUGGUGCCGCACGCCAAGGACUUUGACGUGCUCGGCAAGCUCGGGCUGCACAGCGUAUCAUCGCCGCCUUGGCGCGGCACCGUCUGCCACGUCGUCGAGCGGGUCGGCGCUCGCGGUUCUGUGGCGCUCAAUUGCACCAGCCAGACAAUGCUGAUCGCGGUGAGGAACGUCAACCUCAGCUUCGCCUCCUCGGUCGGCGGCGGAGAGCCGGCGGAGGUGAUGCCGGCCAACUUCCUCGACGUGUCGGCGGCCGCCGCACCGCUGAAGCCGGUCUUCUCCCUCGCGAGCCCGACCUCGGGGAUUGGCUACUCGCCGACCGACCGCGAGAUCUUCGUCCUCGAGGCGUUGCACGCCCCGUGCACGCUGCAGGGCGUCGUGGCUCAACUCGGUGCGCUCAUGCGGCGCGGCGGCGUGUGGUACAAGCACGACCCCCGCCUGGCGAUGGCGCGCAACACGCUGGAGGCGCCCGCCGACCUGACGACACCGCUCGACCAGCGCCUUCCCGGCGAGAGCUGCCCGCGGGUCGCAAAGAAUUUCCUCAACGCGCCGACAUGCGUGCGGCGUCCGGCGUGCGCCGCCGUGGACUACUCGAGGACAACGCUUCCGCUGAGCCACGCGACACUGCGCAAGUUCUACGAGGUGGGUGGGGUCUACCUGUACGCCCUCGACGGGCUGAGGCUCGAGGGCGAGGCGCGAGUCUCGCCCUGCCACGGCGAGAGCCGGUGGGUCUCGCUGCACGCGCCGUGCGGCUCGAAGGCGAGCCACGUCGGGCCCGCGACGCCCCUCGACGCCGCGACGCGAGCGACGCUCGCCGAGGCGGUGCGCGCAGCGCCGUCUCCGUGGCGGCGCAAUAUCUUCGUGCGCAACACGACCGUCAACUCGCCGGGCGCCGUCAGCAACGGCAGCUGCACAACCGAGGCCGGCGGCGUCACCGCCAUCGGCGCGCGUGUCGAGGUCGACGGCGUCUGCUGGGAGCACUCGCACGGCAAGCAGCUCAACGUCUACGACGCGACCGCGUGGCGAUACACGCACGAUGGCUCGCCCAGGUUCGGCGCGGGCGCCAACCCGAUCGAGGCUUUCGCCAAGCUGCCGGACUGGUCGGGCGUCGCGGCGCAGACGACGCUGCGUCGGCUACACCUCAUCGGCGCCCUCGGCGCCAACGUGACCUUUGAUCGGCUGCCGAGCUCAGCGCAGUCGCCGAGCCUCGCUGCCGCUUUUGGCGCCAGCGCAACGCUCUCGACCGACGCGCCGGAGAUCUGCGGCUCGCCCGGCGAGGUGGCUAGCGACCCGACGCACAACCACCUCUACCCGAUCUUCUGGGAGACGACCACUGGUGCGCAGUACCACGGCAUCCCCGAGCUCUACCGCUCACAGGAGAGGGGUCUGCUCUCUGUGUGGCCCAACGUGGCCUUCAAGGCAAACGACCAGCUGCGUCAGCGCGUCGCUUGGGCGCUCUCGCAGAUCUACGUCAUCUCGGAGCAGGGGUACCAGACGCAGGCGAGUGAGUCGUGGCUCACCUACUACGACCUCUUCGUGCGCCACGCCUUCGGCAACCUGCGCCAUCUCCUCACGGAGGUCUCGUACUCGGCGAUGAUGGCGAACUACCUCUCUUUCUUCGGCUCGCGCUCCAAGGCCUCCAAGGGCACGCCGCCCGACGAGAACUACGGCCGCGAGCUGAUGCAGCUCUUCACAAUCGGCCUCGUCAAGCUGCGCGACGACGGCACCGUCAUCAACGACGCGCACGGCAAGCCGAUCCCCACCUACGACACGCAGCACAUGAUGGCUUUCUCGCGCGCCUGGACGGGCUUCGGCCACGGGCUCAGCCGCGACAACCUCGGCCUCUCUGCGUGGGCGUUCGUCGACCCAAUGGUCAUCACGAACUUCGGGUCUACCGGCUACAAGGCGUACCGCGACCUCUUCCCGAAGGUCGACCUCAACGACGGCCACCUGGGCGAUCGCUAUCCGCUCUGCGCCGAGCUUCCGCGCCGUUCCUUCCUGCGCGCCGGCGCACGCUACUCGUACCUCGGCCGCAAGCCCACCCCGAAGAUGCAGUACGCCAGGGUAUCGCCCGCGCUGGAGCUGCGCAACACGUCGGCGCUGUACCGCAAGCUCUGCAGGCCGGCCAACCCGCCGCACGGCGCGCACACGAGCGGCGGCUGCACCUUCCUGAGCGAGGUCACGCUCGAGGCACCGCCGGUGCCCGGCAGUAGCAGCAGCACGCACGGCGGCGCGCUCCCGUGCGACGGCGCCGAGUGCCGCGUCGACACGCUCAUUGUCGUCGGCGUGCGCAGCGCCACUGAGGUCGUCUACUAUGAGUACAUCCGCCCGGCGUGCGUCGAGCUAGCCUUCUACGAAGGCGGCCGCCUCGUACAAAACUCGUCGUUCCUGCAGCCUGGAGCACACGGCGAGCCCACACACCCUCCUCCCCACUACCGCUACGUCGCGUGCGCCGACCCCGCGACCGUCGCGGCGGGCGUCGCGUGCUGCGAGUCGCCCACCGUCCACCAGAACCACUCCGAGGAUGGCAAGGCGAAGACCUACCGCGCCGAGCGCGUCAGGUUCGCCACCGCCGCCGCACGGUGCAAGGCGACGGACGCCCAUGUCUGCCGCUCCUUUGGCAACGGCUCGCGCGCCACCGGCUUCGCGUCGGCGUUCAUGUACUCGUGGACGAGCGCGGAGUGUGGCGCGCCCGUCGCCCAGGUCGAUAGCGCGGGCCUUGUGACGAUCGUCCACCCCGCCAGCAGCGACCCCGCCUUCCAGCCCGACAGCGGUAACGAGCUGCGCGUGCGCUGGGCGGGCGGCCGCUUCCCGUCGCUUGCCAAGACUGGCGGCACCGACAGCUGCGUCUCGCUCGGCUGCAAGGCGCACGGCUCGUCGUGCAUGUGCGCGACCAGGGUCGUCGAGCGCGCCGUCUUUACCGACGCGGCCGCCGUGCCGACCGCGGCCGAUAUCGAGGAGCAGCUCACCAUCGGCGCGCCGCACCCCGACAGCUUCGACGCUGGGACGUACCGCGCGUGCGCGAGUGCGGCAUGCGCCGCUGCCGCGAACCGUGGCGUCGCCGUCUACCUCCACCGCAGCUCCUCCGGCGGGGAGGGCGCCGAGGCGGACGAGGAGGGCCUUGACCGCAGCUUUGACGCGUCGACGAUGUUCCGCAUCGUUCUCAACGGCACGCGACCGGUCUACCUCACCAAUAAGGAGUCGAUCGUCCGCCUCAACAACUCGGGUGGGUUCGAGUUCCGCAACCCGCCGACGUUCCACUCGUUUGCGCUGCCGAGCGCGCGCGACGCGGCGUACGAGACGGAAGCGCUGCUCGACCACCUCUUCUAUCACGCCAACACGGGGCCCUUCGUCGCCUCACAGCUGAUCCAGCGCUUUGUCACGAGCAACCCGUCGCCGCGCUACGUCGCGUCGGCCGUCGCCGCCUUCAAGUCCGGCGCGCACUCGGGCAGGACCUACUCGGGCCACCACGGCGACCUCGCCGCCACCGUCGCCGCCAUCCUGCUCGACCCGGAGGCGCGCUCGCCGACGCUCGACCUCGACCCGGCGGCGGGAAAGCUACGUGAGCCGAUCGUCAAACUGAUUGGGCUGCUACGCUCGUUGGAGUAUGUGCCGAGCCACGGUGGUGAGCUCGACUUGCCCCGCCUCGAGGACAAGCUGGGAGAGCAGGUCUUCGACUCGCCGACCGUUUUUAAUUUCUACUUCCCCGACUAUGCGCCUGACGGUGCCGUCGCGGGCGCCAAGCUACACUCGCCCGAGGCGCAAAUCCUCACGGCGCCCACCGCCAUCUCCCACCUCAACGGCGUCUCGUCGCUCGUCAGAAACGGCCUCGCCUCGUGCAGCGGCGGCUUCGGCAUGCGCUGUCCGCCCUCCAAGGAGGCGCUGGCGCAGUCCGACGGCGUGCUCGCCUUCUCGCCGAGGCUGCCGCCCAACUUCACGCGAGCAGAGGCAGCGCAGCAGACGGUCGCGCAGCUCGACGUGCUGCUAACAGGGGGGCGUCUCCAUCCGGCCAACCGCGAGUACAUUUCCGACGCCGUCGCUGCCUUUCUCGGCGCCAACCUCUCGGCCCCGCGUUUGCGCACCGCGGUCGGCGUCGCCGAGGAGCUCUUCGGCCUCUUACCCGAGUUUCACGCCACCACCUUUAACGCGCGCCGCGCUGUGAAGCGCACCGGCUGCGAAGUGGGCGCCGACCUCUUUGCGCAGUACACUGCGCUCAAGGGACCCCUAGCGUACAACGCGUCGGCGCUCCAUUCGAUCGACGCCACCGCAUCCAAGGCCAAGCCGCCGUGCUCCACGUUUGGGCUUCACCCCGGAAUGAACAACAUCCAGACCAUGUACAAGGCGGGCGAGCUAGGCUACGUUGCAAAUGUCGGCCCGCUUGUCGAGCCGCUUACGCCACAGGCGCUCGCCGGCUCGCCAGAGCUGCCACAGCUGCUCUUCGCUCACACGACCCAGAAGGCAGCCACGCAGACCGUGCACGCGCAGGCCAUCUCCUCCGCCAAGGGCGUCCUCGCACGCCUCGCGACCGCGCUCGCCACCAAGCAGAGCGAUGAUGGCGCACCGUACAGCUCGAUGCUGUACUCAAUCUCGGGCAACGCGAAGGCGGUGCAGGGCGGCGCCCCGCCCAAAGUGCUCACCGGCGGCGGCGCGGUGCGCUGGAAGCGCUACGCGCCGCUGAAGGAGGCGCUGGGCAACCUGACGGCGUUCGAGUCGGGAUCGAUCUUCGCGGAGACGGCGGCGGCGGCCAUACAGCACGCCAACCAGGACAUGGAGGCCCUUGGUGCCGUGCUCGACGCGACGGCGCUGCCCGGCCAGACCAACUCCUCGACCAAGUUCGACGCGCGCAACCCACUGAGCACGCAGCUCGAGGUUGUCUCCAAGGUGAUCAAGGCGCGCGCGCAGCUCCGGGGCGAGCGCGACCUUUUCUUUGUCUCGCUCGGCGGCUGGGACACGCAUACCGACCAGCUGACGCGGCUGCAGAAGCUGACGGGCCAGCUCGACGCGGCGAUCGGCACCUUCGCCGCGCAGAUGAAGCUGCAGGGCAUGUGGGAGUCGGUCUCGCUGCAGAUGCGCGGCCGCUUCAUCCCGACGACGCCGUGGGAGGCCGUCUUCAACGCGCAGGCGCAGUGGCUCGGCGUGCGCGACGAGGCGCUCCUCGCGGCGGUGCUGCCCAACCGCGCCAACUUUGAUGGCGACAUCCUGCUCGCCAAGGCCGACGUCUUCAAGGCGGCAACGCCGACGCCGCGACCAGGGACGAAGGCCCUUGCACCCGACAUGGAGGUGGAGGCACACCAGCACCAGCGGCCUUGCGGCUUGCGCCGCGCUGUGUCUCUGUUCGUCGCUGAUGCGAUUUGA